AUGGCCUCGGCCUGCGUAGCCGUCGCCCCAAAGCCGGGUGGGAGGGGCUUUUGCCGGCGGCCGAGCGGCCGCCUCGCUGCUUCCUCCCCCUCCAUUUCUCCGCCGAGUUGCUCCUCCCGUGCUGCUUCGGGGGCGUGGUGGAUUGAAGCAGACGCCGGAGACUUGGUGCUUCCCUCGGUUCUUGUGGCCUUUCUGCGCGUCCUGCCGAUCGCUCCUUCCUCGCUCCUGCUUCAGCUCCCGUCGCGUCUCUCUCCGCUCGUUUCACCUGCUUCCUCCGUGUCUUCUGUCGUCUUGACUCUCGCUGAGCUUCCAGUUCUCACGUUCCCGCGAGGCGCGCUGUGCUCAGUCCAGGCGGCUCUGACCAGCCUCGCAUCGUUGUAUGCGCCUCUUGAGCGUCCGCCGCUCUGCCCUGUCGAGUCGUCUCUCUCGGCCGAACCUCGCGCUUCCCAUGAGAAAGCCGGUGCGGAUGCGGCAGAUGGCUGCGAAGACACUGUCUGUCUCGUUCCUGCGUUCUUCCUCUUCGCUCUGGUUCGCCGACGCCUCCGCCUUCCCGCAGACGCGCCUCUGCGUCUGCUCUUCGGCGCGCGGGAGCUUCGCGCGUACUCUUUCCUGCCUCUCUCGUCCUUCGUGACCUCGUCUGCUCCCUCGAGCAUUGCGGCAGCACUUCGGGCUCCGGAGACUCGCCAGCUGCAUCCGUCGUUUACCUCCCUCUCCCUACUCUCGAUCACAGGCUUGGAUGCCUGUCAAUGUGCAGGCUCGGCGCCAGGUCUUCCUUCUGCGCAGCCACGGCUGCAGCCGUUGUUGAGCCUGCAGGUGCUGUUUUCGCUCCCUGGCGGGAAGGGCGGUUUCGGUGCGUUGCUGAAGAAGCAGCGGAAGAAGCAGUCGCGCGCCGCGCUCAACUUCGACAUGAGCCGCGACCUCAGCGGGCGUCGCCUGCGCCACGCGCAAGUCGUUGAGAAAAUCAAAGCUUGGAUCACGAAAAAAAUCCAAGAAAAACAAGCCGUCGAACUUUUGGCUGAGCAGACGGAAACCCUCACUAUCGACGCGGAGACGAAGGACUCGAAACCUGCGGCGGCGCUCGACGAGAGUUUCAUUCGGUCGCUUAAGGACAACUCUGUGCAGAUGCCCAUGCUGAUUGGUCAGGGCCUCCGCGAAGCAAAAGAGACGCAGGAGGCGCUUCGAGCCGAGGAGGCUAAAAAGAAGAGUCUUUCUUUCGCGAAGGUCAAGAAGCAAAGCAACUGGUUCCUUCACAGAGACCUCUUCGAUGAUGAUGAUGACGAGGACGACGAUGAAGAUGACGACAACGAGUCAGAUGGCUCAACAGCCAUCGCCAAGGCGCCUCCCUCAUCCUCGUAUUUCUCGUCUUCCUCCUCUUCUUCGUCGUCUUCUAGUUCCUCUUCUUCCUCCUCCUCUUCUUUUUACGCGUCUGCGGCGGCGCCGCGAUUCGAGGCGCGCGAGCGAGAGCAGGUGAUGCAGAAGGCAGCAAAGUCCUCCUUCGCGUGGCUCGGCGGUAUCUGCGGGAAACCUCCCUCCUGUCCGUCCUCAUCUUCCUUUUCUUCUUCUUCAGCUGUUUCUGCCUCUGCUGCGGCGUCGUCGGAGGCGGAGAUGCGCGACAGGGAGAGAGAAGAAGCCAAGAAGAUGGAAGAAAAGAUACAGCGAGAAGCGGACGCGCUGGACGUCUCGCAGUUCUCGAGUGCCGAGGAGCUUGAGAAGAACGUCGACCCCGAAGUGCUCAAGAAGAAGCUUAUGAUGCUCGGAUGGAAGUGCGGAGGGCGCCCCGCGGAAAGGGCUGCGCGGCUGUUUCUGCUCAAGACGCUGAACGGGAAACCGCCGCCCAGCAGCGUGCUAGCGCCAAAGAAAAAGUGA